CCGGCGCGGAGCCCCCGCCCGCGGCCGCAGCACCAGCUCCUGCUCUCCAGUGACCUCAAAGGAACACCAUCAGUCUGGAUGCCGGCUAUGGAGGAAGACACGGCCACAAGGUCCCAUGAUCCCUCCCGCAUAAAACCAAAGCCACCUCCGGACAUGCGCCUCGGUGCCUCAGGCUCUAUGCAAAACCUGGAGGGUACAGGCCUACCCCAGACCCAGGAAGAAGCCGGCUCAGCAGGGGACCCUCUCGGGGCUGGAGUUUGAGCCCCAAACUUGGCUUCAAGGCUUUGUCUUGCCCUCUUCUUUAUUGAGAUCCACGCCAACAAGUUCCAGACGACACUGAGUCAGGGACCGAAGGCCUUCCGAAUUCGCACACUUGCCUCGGCUCCACUGGGAGCCCAAAGCCCAGGGGUUGGCAUAACUGACACACUGGGAGGCUGGAGGAGAAGGCAGCCAGGGAUCGUGGGCUAAGGGAAAGAGCUGGAGGGUCCCAGGAUGGAGCCCAAUGACACAGCCAAUGACACAGCCUCUUCAUCUUGCCUGGAAUCUACUGCGUUCAAGGUCACCCUCAGUGUGGUCCUCACCGUCCUCAUCCUCAUCACUGCAGCCGGGAACGUGGUCGUGUGCCUGGCCGUGGGCUUGAACCGCCGCCUCCGCAGCCUGACCAAUUGCUUCAUCGUGUCUCUGGCCAUCACCGACCUGCUCCUCGGCCUCCUGGUGCUCCCCUUCUCGGCCAUCUACCAGCUGUCCUGCAGGUGGAGCUUCGGCAAGGUCUUCUGCAAUAUCUACAUCAGCCUGGACGUGAUGCUGUGCACGGCCUCCAUCCUCAACCUCUUCAUGAUCAGCAUCGACCGGUACUGCGCCGUCACGGACCCGCUGCGGUACCCUGUGCUCGUCACCCCCGGCCGGGUCACCAUCUCGCUGGUCUCCAUCUGGGUCAUCUCCAUCACCCUGUCCUUCCUGUCCAUCCACCUGGGCUGGAACAGCAGGAACACGACCAGCGAGGGCCACCACACCAGCCCCAAGUGCAAAUUCCAGGUCAAUGAGGUGUAUGGGUUGGUGGACGGCCUGGUCACCUUCUACCUGCCUCUGCUGAUCAUGUGUGUCACCUACUACCGCAUCUUCAAGAUCGCCCGGGAGCAGGCCAGGAGGAUCAAUCACAUCAGCUCCUGGCAGGCAGCCACCAUCAGGGAGCACAAGGCUACUGUGACGCUGGCAGCCGUGAUGGGGGCCUUCAUUGUCUGCUGGUUCCCCUACUUCACCGCCUUCGUUUACCGGGGGCUCAAAGGGGAUGACGCCAUCAACGAGGUGGUGGAAGCCGUUGUUCUGUGGCUGGGCUAUGCCAACUCAGCCUUGAACCCCAUCCUCUAUGCUGCCCUGAACAGAGACUUCCGCAACGCCUACCAGCAGCUCUUCUGCUGCAGGCUGGCCGGACGCGGCUCCCAUGAAACGUGUCUGAGGUUUAACAACGCUCUCCUGCCCAAGAGCCAAAGUCAAGAGCCCAGGCGGCAGGAAGAGAAACCCCUCAAGCUCCAGGUGUGGAGUGGGACAGAAGCCACAGCCCCGCAGGGAGCCACAGACAGGAAGCCGGCGCUGCCCCACCCGGUGCGCUCCAGCGACCUCCUGAGCUGCUGCAAGAGCCUGUGGGGGCUGAGGUUCCCUCAGAGACACGCGGGAGGCCCCCUCGAGGAGCAGUCCAGAGAGCCACUGUCUGAGGGGCUGCUGAGGACACUCAGAUGCUGCUCCUGGUCGCCAAGGUCGAACUCCUGGAACCUCUCAGGACCCAGCUCCCAGGAUGCACCCGAGCCCGAGUCGGGGGGCUCCCAGAACACACAGCAGAGUGCUGGGGUGCUUGCUCCUCUGGCAGAACACCAAGUCCCACGCCCGGCCUCCCAGACUCAUGCUCAGGAUGCCUCUGGGCCUGAGCAUGCUGAAUCCGAUGGGUUCAAAACUCAACGUCGGUGCUGGCCCUAGGAGUCCUGAACAGAGAGAGCAGGAGGCGCGGUGGGCGUGUGCGCACCUGUGCACGGCUGUGUGCAUGCAGGAGCAUGUGUGUCCUCUGGGCAGUGGGGAAGGUGCUGCCAGCCAGGACUGUCCUCGCACUCCCUCAUGGGAGCUACAGAAUGAACCAAUGGGGAAGACAAAAAAAAGGGGGGCAGGCAGGGAAUUAGCCUGUAACAAGCACCUACUAUGCACCAGGUCCUCCACCUGUGUGAGGUCCCGUAAUCCUUAGAACCACAAGUACUCAGAAUAAAGAUCACCAUCCCAACAUUACAGAGGUGGAAACGGAGGCUCAGGGACCUAAGGGGAUGCCCCAAAGCCGCUCAGCUAGGAAAAUGUCCCUGGCACGCAGGAAGCAUUCAAAAAUAUUAGUUGAAUGAAUGAGUGAGAGUGAAUGAGUAGGAGGAUGGGUGAAUAGUCAGACAUCAAGCCCAUGUUUUUGACACGACGGGACACUGACUCCCUGGAGACAGGUCCAGAUGUUUCUUGGACUCAGACUGCCCUCCACCCAGCAAGGUUAGACCCCCAGAGCCCAGGGAUCCCAUCAUGCUAUAGCCUGACCCUCUCUGGCGUUUGUCCACAACGAGAAGUGAUAUGCAAUGGACUUGCUGGGGAAAGUGUGUCUGUCUGUCUGUCUGUCUCUGCGUCCUGGAAGAAGAGGUGGAGUUUGGGGGAAAUCCCAGGGCUGUGACUAGGUGAGGUUGACCCACCAGCGCCUUCUGCUGGCUGGGUGACCUUGGCCACAUCACCUGGUCCCUCUGAAAGGCUUUUUUCUCUCCUCUGGCUAAAGGGGUAAGUUCCCCUUUCCUAUUUACAGGAUUGUGGAAGAGACCCCCAAUAAGAUGGGACCCUCAGGGAGGUGAGAGCGUCUCCAAAACCCCAGGGUUCCUCAGUGGCAUGUCUCCUCGCUGACCGCCACCCCUCCCAGGCACUCUCUCUUCCCCAGGCUUCUAAGACCCUCCCCUGUCCACCCAUGACUUCCAGGCCAAAAGGAUGCAACCCACCAUCCCUCCAUCCAACAAUUAGAUACAGCCUUUCCCCCAGGUUCAGUCCCAGGCCUCCUCUGCACUCCAGUGUCCUCCCUCUGUGACCUUGCCUUGACCGCAGUUGGGAGGCACAAGGGAAUUACGUAGAGCCUUGCAGCUGUGGGCCAGACUCCUCAAGGAGCCACUGCUGCCUACUUGAUGCCUCCACCUGGGGGUUGAUAGGGGACUGCACCUUUAACAUGUCUGUAGCUAUACUCUCCACCCUCUCCCAGCUCCUGCACCUGCUCCUCUCCCAGUGUGGAUUUCAAAGGCUGAAGGUCAACUCCAGCACCUUCCUUUGCCCCAGUUCUCGUGGUUAACCCUCUUGAGUCCACUGUCUGCUUGAUUUUCUCCACCGUCCGUGUUAUCACGCAACCCAACUAUCAUGGUCUCCACUGAGAGAACUUCCAAGCCCUCUUCUCCACUCUCGUUCCCCCUGCCCAGUUCCCAUUCAAUAGCCAAUGUGGAUUGUGCAAAAUGCAAGCCUGAUCACAUCACACACAUGGAAAGAAAACCAUGGUCCACACGAAGCUCAGGCCCUGUGUGGUCAGCCCCUACCUGUCCCUCCAUCCUCCUCCUAUGCCAUGCUCCCUCCUGCUCCACGCUCCAACCCUACUGGCCUUUUCCUUUUCAUUUAUUUCAUUCACUCUGCUCUUCCCAGCUCCCAGGCCACGUACAAUGCUGUUUUUAUGCCUUGAAAUGUUCCUGCUGCCCCUUAGACCACUUAACUCCAGGAGAUCUGAGCGAAAAUGUCACCUCCUUGAGGAAGACCUCUUGGGCCCUCCAUUGCCUGCCACACACACACCUCAGAACUUUGGAUGGAAGUCAUUGGCAUGCUUACGGAUGUCACAAUCACUCGUGCGACUCCUCGAAUGUCAUCUGUCUCCCUACACAGGGGGCCACGGGGCCUGCCUGUUGCCCUUGGCCGUUGUCUAUUUGGCCCUUGAGGAGUGUUUGGCACAUAGUAGCAUUUCAAUAUUGGUUGUUUGAAUGAGCAGAGACGAUUAAGAGCACAGAGAGCAGGCAAAGCUGAUGCUUUAAGCAAUUUACCUUCCAAGUAAGCCCUGAUGAGCUCCCAGAGACAUUCAGUCCCUAGACUGAAUUCCUUUUGGAAGCCUCCAGAAUACCCUCCCCUGAGGUUUUUCCAGGAUUCUGAGGGCAGGUGGCUCUCUCAGUCACGGCCAAGGAGUUGAAGACAGAAGACCUGCCUGGUGUGCCUGAUUAUAGGCUCAGAUGGUCGGAGCUCCAACUCACAUGCCCACACGCCACCUGCCCCUGCACAGGGCUCCCACAAGUCUGUCUCAGAGCCACCCCCGCCUUUCUGGAGGCCUCCAGGUGCCUCUGCAGGCUGCAGAAGCGGGGUGCCUGCUGCCUGGGGGAGGAACAUCUGUGGUGGGACCCCGAAUCCAUGUUCUG